AUGGUUAUUAUCAUGGCCACUAUCUUCUGGGGACAAUUGAUAUGUCAAAAGAGGAAACUGAGUAAAGUCAAGCUUGAGUAUUUUCGCCAGCAUGGAGGCAUGAUUUUGUUUGAUAAGUUGAAAUCAGAGAAAGGUCUUGCCUUCAAGGUGUUUUCAGAAGAUGAGCUAAUACAUGCCACUAACAACUUUGACAAUAGCAGAAUACUUGGAAGAGGUGGGAACGGAACGGUUUAUAAAGGGAUAUUAAAGGACCAGAUGUCGGUUGCAGUUAAAAGAUGUGCAUUGGCUGAUGAAAGGCAAAAGAAAGAAUUUGGACAAGAGAUCAUUAUUUUGUCCCAAAUCAAUCAUAAGAACAUAGUGAAACUCUUGGGUUGUUGCCUUGAGGUUGAAGUUCCAAUUCUAGUAUAUGAGUUUGUCCUAAACGGUACACUAUUCGAGCUUAUCCAUGGCAAGAACCACCUAAAAAUCUCCUUCAACACUCUCUUAAGAAUUAUUCAUGAAGCAGCCGAAGGACUCAGCUUCCUGCAUUCGUAUGCAUCUCCUCCAAUAAUUCAUGGUGAUGUGAAAAGUUCCAACAUCUUGCUUGAUAAUAACUAUAUGGCCAAAGUGUCAGACUUUGGAACCUCCAUACUAGCCCCGUCUGACAAAGAGCAGUUUGUCACAAUAGUUCAAGGUACUUGUGGUUACCUUGAUCCUGAAUACAUGCAAACAUGUCAGCUAACAGACAAAAGUGAUGUGUACAGUUUUGGAGUUAUCCUUUUAGAGAUUCUCACAGACCAGUUGCCACUAAAGCUCGAGGGGUCUGAGACGCAAAGAAGCUUGUCAUUGGUUUUCUUGUGUGCUAUGAAGAACAAUAAUCUAGAUGAUGUGUUGGCGAGCCAUGUGAAAAGCGAAGAGAGCAUGGAAUUGCUGUCAGGACUUGCAGACCUAGCAAAGGAAUGCCUAGAUAUGCAUGGUAUCAAUAGGCCCUCAAUGAAAGAGGUUGCCGAUGAGCUCAACAAAUUGAGGAAGCUUUCAGUGCAUCCUUGGUUACAACUUGACAUGGAGGCAAAUGCAGAAAUCCUUCUUGGUGGAGAGCCAACCAGCGGUCAUGAAAUUGAAUUAAGUGGGUAUACUAUAGGAGAAAAUGAGAACCAACCUAUAAACCCAAGAAGUUCUUAUUAUGCUAAGUGA